AAGUGUAAUACAUGAAAUUUCUUCCAAGAACCCUAAAGCUCCAAGUAGUAGCGCCAAGCCAUGGCGGUAGGGUUUUAGCGCUCGUAGAUAGGCGCGAUCGAAGCGCCGGGCAAGCGCCGGGGCUGGGUAGACCAUCGCCAUGGCUGGAAUGUGAGAGAUUCCAGCUCUUUUUUCGCGUCGCAAUGGUGAUAGAAUACGUCUACGAGGCCCUCACGGAUGGCCUGGUCGAAGAACCGGUGAUGGUUUUGGAUACGCCGGCCAACGAUGCCAAGAGAUUGUGCGAUUUCGAGCUGGAAGAAAAAAUCCAAAGAUUUACGUCGCACACACAGGACUCAUCGCUCAAGGUGGACAAAACAAAGCUUGUUUCGUUUCUGGAUGCCUUGCUCGCAGAGAAAGCCCGGCGGGAGAAAUCUAAGGAAACUGGAGCAACAUCUUUGCAACAGAUCACUGAAAAACGUUGCAUCGGCUCUGAUCGAAACACACCUAUUGACACAGGUAGAAACUCCAAGGAAAGAAAAGUUGAAAUCAAUCUCUCGAGGGGACUUAGCCCUCCAAGAGCGUUCGAUUCGGAACUAAAAAUUCUCAGGUUUCAACGAGGAAGGAAACAGAGUCCUGCCACCGAAAUGCCUAAGAGUUGUUCGAAUGGUCUUUCUUCCAAAACAACCGUGGCCGAACGGGGUAAACAACAUCGUUUCUCUCCACAGGUAUUAGAUGCCGAGGAAACUUCUGCUAGAAGGAAUACUCGUUCGUCUCCGGAUACGGUGGUUUUGUUUUCAUCUGACGAUGAAAACGAGAUCAAAGUCAUGGAACCUGCCGCUAUAUCCACAAGGAGAACAAGCUCGCGCAUUGCAGCGAGAAGGAAAAUGGACUUAAAUAUGAAAAUUGCAUAUCCAUCCAAGGAUGACCCCGACGCUCUUGAGGUUUAUUAUGGAGACUUUAGUCGUUUACAACCAGCGGAGUUUCUGAAUGACACAGUGAUCGACUUCUACAUCAAGUAUCUCCAGAGGGAAGCUAUAGAUGCGGAACGCAAAGAGAAGUUCCAUUUCUACAGCAGCUUUUUCUUCAAAAAGCUUAGCGAGGCAUUCGACACUGAGGCCAAACAAGUAGAAGCAUUUUCCAAGCUACGGAAGUGGACAAAAGGAAUUGACAUUUUUUCGAAGUCAUAUCUUUUUCUCCCAAUCAACGACAGGUUGCACUGGAGCUUGGCUAUCGUCUGCUUCUCCCUGUCAGACGGGGGAUUGACGCCAUACAUUUUCCAUCUUGAUUCGCUUGACAAUGGACACUCUAGCAGGGAACUUUUCAAAUACAUUCAAAAGUAUCUUGAACUGGAACAUGCUCAAAUGGAGACAGCAAUCGAAAUUAAAUGGCGUGAAACUGUGAAGAAAAGAGUAGAGGUACCUCGGCAAGAGAACGAGUAUGAUUGUGGGCUAUUUCUCUUGUAUUACAUCAAGCGUUUUGUGGAAACCGCUCCUCUGCCUUGCAAGCUAACAGACACAACAAGCCUGUUUGGCAAACGCUGGUUCAAACCUUCCGAUGCUUCGAUGUUGCGAUGGACAAUCAGAGAAAUUCUAGAAAACCUUUUCGAAGCGACAAGUCCUGAAUGACGUGGUCUAACAAGAUGCACAUAUGAUUCCUGCGAGCCUUGGCGAGCAUUUUUCUCCCCUCGAUCAGAGGUAGCUCUUGCGGUUUGCCAAUGAAAAUUAGCGUCACCCAGUUCCAGAGAUUUUUUGUCCAACAGGAACAAUGUAUAUGGUAGCACCGGAAUUCCUGUGAGCGAUGUAUUUAUGAGAAUAACACAUUACUAGUCUUCCCUUGUUGAAAGCUCUACAUUCUGGCCAGCGUUUUGCGAGUUAUAUGUAAUGACGCCGAUUCCAGCAACAAGCAACCUGGUGAACACGCGAAGUGGAAAGCUAUCCAAAACGAAGAGAGAAAAGGAAAAGGGUACCCGUAUGUUGUCCUCCAUAAGCUGUUUGAGGUAGUCUUUCUUAUGUUGGAUUCGUCCCAUGUCAUGGUUUAGAGAAUGUGGAGCAAAUCUGUCACAAAGUUUCCACCAAAACGAUGAAGAAAAUGGAGAGGUUUGGAUUUC